AUGCACCUAAAGCCAUAUUGGAAUCUGCAGAGGAAAGCACAACCUCUCCAAAUUAGCAAGGAAACUCUGAGAACUUCCAUGAGCCACCAAGAGGCUAUAAAUGACGAAAAAUGCAAAGCUAACUACAUGAAAUCAAAUGUCUUCCCUUCCACCUCUCCUGGUAAAGCAUCAUCUCGCGAGCCUUUUGGGGUCCUUUCUCCAAAUGUUCUGUGCAGCAUGAGUGGGAAGAGUCCUGUAGAGAGCAGCUUGAAUGUUAAAACCAAGAAGAAUGCACCAUCUGCCACAAUCCACCAGGGCAAAGGAGGGGAAGGGCCGCUUGAUAUUUGGGCUGUGGUGAAACCGGGAAAUACCAAGGAGAAAAUCGCAUUUUUUGCAGCCCACCAGUGUAGCAAUAGGAUAGGAUCUAUGAAAAUAAAAAGCUCCUGGGAUAUUGAGGGGAGAGCUACUAAAAGAAGAAAAAAAUCAGGGGAUCUUAAAGAAGCCAAGAUACAGUUAGAAAGGAUGAGGGAAAUCAACAGCAGGUGCUAUGAGCCUGAGCCUUUUGCGUGCGGCAUUGAGCACUGUUCUGUGCAUUACGUGAGUGACAGUGGGGACAGUGUCUGUGCUGGGAGGCCUCUGUCGGUCAUACAGAUGGUUGCCUUCCUGGAGCAAAGAGCCAGUGCCGCUCUGCUGGCCAGUUGUGCGAAAAACUGCACCAACUCACCUGCCGUGGGGAGGAGUUCUGGGCAAUCCAGAGGUGGGCCUCCAGCCUCGGAGCCCUUUUCUGCCCCAGGAGCUUGUGAGGAACCCAUGGAAAGGGGAAACCCUGAAGUUGGUGAUCCCCAGAGUGAGCCAGUCCGCGUCCUCGACAUGGUAGCCCGGCUGGAGUCCGAGUGCCUGAAGCGGCAGAGCCAGAGUGAGCCUGGGAGCCUCUCGAGGAAUAACAGCUUCCGGCGGAAUGUAGGCCGGGUGCUACUUGCAAACGGCACUCAGGCCGAUGAAGGCAAAACAAACAAAGGCGCUUUGGAGGCCCCUGUGUCUGUGGACUGCGGCCCGGCAAGAGCUGACCAUGGUUCUGCAGGGGGGAAGCAGCCCUGGGAGGGGGCUCCUCUGGGCUGUCCCUCAUUGCCAGCGGGGGUGAGUUUCCACGGGGAGAGUGCGGCAACAGAGCCAGACCAGCACCCUGCUGUGAAAAACAGCAACAGGUGUGACAUAGAAAUGACAGAGGAACCUGAGCCACCUUACCCUCCUCGAACCUGUCCCCAAACCACUGAGUUGCCCACGAAGGCUGUUGAUCGUAUGAGUCGAGAAGAGCUUGUGCCACAAAAUCCUGAUCAGCGAAGAAGAGAAUCUGUGUGCAUUAGCAUCACUGUGUCCAAGGUGGAGAGGGACCAGCCUUCUCGUUUAAAGUCCUGUGGAGACCCACUUCCAGGGAGGCUGUUCUUUUUGCUGCCUGGUCAGCAGCAGUCAGACUGUUCCCAGAUGAAUGAAAGCACAACCCAAGAGUCUCCAGAGGCCAGCCAGCCUGAAGAUGCUGCUGAGGGUGACAGUGCAUCUGAGGGAAAAACUGUUCAGGCUGAUUCGCUCGUCCCAGCGCCCGCCCCUCCUGGGGAAAGCACAGUACCGGUGCUCGAGGCCGCCAGUUGGAAGAAGCAGGUGUCCCAUGACUUUCUGGAGACCAGAUUUAAAAUCCAGCAGCUUUUAGAACCUCAGCAGUACAUGGCUUUCCUGCCCCAUCACAUUAUGGUGAAAAUCUUCAGGUUACUCCCCACCAAGAGUUUAGUGGCUCUUAAAUGUACCUGCUGCUAUUUCAAGUUCAUCAUUGAGUACUACAACAUCAGGCCAGCAGAUUCUCGCUGGGUUCGAGACCCACGCUAUAGAGAGGACCCUUGUAAGCAGUGCAAGAAAAAAUACGUGAAGGGGGAUGUGUCCCUGUGCCGGUGGCAUCCCAAGCCCUAUUGCCAGGCGUUGCCUUACGGGCCAGGAUACUGGAUGUGUUGCCAUCGCUCUCAGAAAGGCUUCCCUGGCUGUAAGCUGGGGCUUCAUGACAAUCACUGGGUCCCUGCUUGCCACAGCUUUAAUCGGGCAAUCCAUAAGAAAGCAAAAGGGACUGAAACUGAAGAGGAAUACUAA